AUGGGAUCAAUCGAACUAUCAACGUCUGAGUACGAGAUUGCAGUCUCUUCGGACAAGGGUUUGGGUCAACUGUUUCACCAACAGGUGCUCAAGAACCCUGAUGCCCAGGCAGUUAUCCAUGAGGACGGCACAAGUCUAACCUAUGGAGAGCUUCACCGGGCAGCCAUAAAAUUGGCCCGAGCUCUCCAUGAGAAAGACUUCAAGGCUGAAGAACGUGUUGGAAUCGUCGUUCAUCAUGGAGUCUGGGACGCAGUUACCCAGGUGGCCAUUAUCUAUGCGGGAGGAACUUGUGUGCCGGUUGACGCUCACUUGCCUGAUCAACAAAUCACCAGUCGCCUAAACCGACUAGGCACUCGCUAUAUCAUCGUGGAUGAAUUGAAUAGUACACGAGCGCUUCCAUUUGAUCUCCUCGCAACUGGAGAGUUUCCACCCAGUAACGACGAAUUCUCUGGAACGAAGUCAAUUUCACUUCCUUUGAGCACCACCCUGGGGCAUUGCACACACCUCAUUCACACAUCCGGCACAACCAGUGAGCCAAAGGCGGUGCAGAUAAGGGGUUCUUCCAUCCUCCAUGUGUCACAUUAUGCUCCAUACGAUCCGGUUCAAAAAACAGACGUUGUUGGCCACAUCAACAACACGAGUUUUGAUGUGGCUCUUUUUGAUAUAUGGGGGCCUUUGAUCCAUGGUGCGACAAUCGGCAUACUUACCAAGUCGACGAUUCUUGAUAUUUCGAGAUUUGCAGCCGCUAUUCGUCGGCUCGGUAUUACCAUCAUGGCCAUUACAGCCCCAUUAGUCAAUCUGGCGGCUACGAUCUCGCCCGAUGCUUUCGCACCUCUUAGAGUGGUCCUGAUGGGUGGAGAAGCGGUCAAUCUUUCGGCAAUGAAGACCAUCCUGGAGGCAGGGCCUCCGACACAUCUCAUCAAUGCUUAUGGGCCGACAGAAUGCUGCGUCUAUUGUCUCACCCAUGAGAUUUCCAUGGCAGAUAUAGACGCAGGAAGCGUCAGCAUUGGUAAACCGAUUGGUCAAAAUUUCUGUUGCGUGUGCGAUGAUGCAGGCCAGCCUGUUCCCGAGGGCGAAGAAGGCGAGCUGCUAAUGGGAGGCCCUGGCGUAUCGCUUGGUUAUGUCGACCAGCCCGAGAAAACUUCUCAAUCGUUCAUCUUUGUUGAUGGCAUGAAGGACCCCAUAACUGGCGAGCCCUGUCGCAUGUAUCGAACCGGAGAUAUAGUAAGACGCCGGGGAGAUGGCCAUCAUGACUUCCUUGGACGUCGAGAUCACCAGGUCAAAAUCCGUGGUUUUAGAGUCGAGCUCAGUGCUGUCGAUUCAGCACUCAUGAACACAGGCCAUUUCUCAGAUGGAUUCGCCAUGCGGGUAGACGAGAAGGAGAAAGGCGCAGGGGCAACACUUGUGGCCUUCGUCAUUCUUCAGCCGAAUUCUGGACCCCACGCCGUAUCAGAAGCGAUAUCCUCAUUACGCGCCACGCUUCCUGAAUAUAUGGUACCCCAUAUCGAGAUUGUAGCUGAAAUACCGCUCAAUGCGCAUGCCAAGGUAGACCGCCGAAAACUUGUUGAAAUGUACCAUGAGCGACGGGCACGGCAUUUGAAGGAUGUGUUUGGGAGCGCAGGGUUGAGCACACGGGCCUUUAUCGCUGGACUUUGGGCGAACAUCUUGGCCACCCCAGUUCCUGAAUACUCUGAUGACGAUGACUUCUUCGCACAUGGAGCUACGUCCCUUCAAGCAUCGCUGCUGGUCAGCCGCAUCCGCCAGCACCUGAAGACCGAGAUUUCUCUUCUCACUCUCUAUGAGAACUCCACUCUUGGCAAGCUGGUAUCCAUCAUUGACUCUAACCAAGGAGCUUCUAUGCCGACUGUUCGCAAUGAACGCGACCUCUGGGUUGCCGACACCAUGCUUGCGGAUGAUCUGCCGCUUGCAUGUGGACCAGUCGUGGAUUGGCGUCUAGACACCGAAGGCCGAGUGUUCCUCACAGGUGCAACAGGAUUUGUGGGAGCAUAUAUGCUGGCCAGCCUGCUGAAGAUGCCAGGUGUGCACCAAGUUGGGUGUCUAGUGCGCGCGGCUGAUGCUGCUUCGGGUCUGCAACGGCUAAAGGCAGCGUUAGUCAAAUACAGUAUCUGGCAGGAUGUGUUCCUAUCGAAAAUUCUUCCGCUUUGCGGCCAGCUGGAAGAUCACUGGCUCGGCCUAGGGAAGGAGAGGUUUAGGCAAAUCGCAGGAUGGGCUAGUGUUGUCUUCCAUCUCGGUGCGAAGGUCAACUACACCCAGCCGUACUCGCUCCAUCGCUCAGCAAACAUCGUCGGCACAGUGAACGUAGCCCGCCUGGCUGCUACAGAACGCCCCAAAGGCUUGCAUUACUGCUCCAGUAUUUCUUGCUUUGGUCCGACAGGCUUCGUGACCGGCGCUAAAAUUGUUUACGAAGACGCUCCUCUUCUGCCACACUUGGAAGCCAUGCCCUUUGACCAUGGCUACGCUCAGAGUCAAUGGGUCGCCGAUGAAUUACUUCAGCGUCUCAUUAGGCGCGGAUUCUCCGUCACCGUAUACCGCCCCGGUUUCAUUACAGGCGACGAGAAAACCGGUGCCUGCAACCCCGAUGACUUCUUCAGCCGUUUGAUCCGCGCCAGCGUAGAGUUGAACUGCUACCCCCAUUUGCCGAAUCAACGGAAAGAGUUUAUCCCCGUCGGUUAUGUAGUAGACGCUAUGCUACAUAUCUCGUCCAACAUCUUCGCUUCUGGUCACGCAUUCCAUCUGCUACCCGACCGAGAUGCCUCUAUCGGCAUGGGCGAUGUCAUGACCCUACUUGGAAAAGUCCGGGGUACCUCUUUCCAGUGUGUUCAAUAUGAGGAGUGGAUUGAACGCCUAUCAGCCAGUGCGAAUCCCGAUCUUCAGCCGUUGCUGCCGAUGCUGGCGGAGAAGGUCCAUCAGGGCCUCAGUCGCUGGGAAUUGUAUGAAAAUAUGCCCACAUACGACAACACAAACACCAUGCGUGCUCUCCAAAGCUAUCCUGGGGGCUUGGAGUAUACAACAUUUGACUUUGACUUGAUGAGGAAGUAUGUUACGUACUUGGUAGGCUCUUGA